ACGAAAGGAGAACACAAUAUAUAUAUUAGGGUUCUCCGGCCUUGUUCCCCUCGUUAAUUUGUAAUUACUUGAUUAACAGAUCUUAGAGUCAGCCAUGAGUAGAGGCGGAAGCUAUGGCGGCGGGCAGAGUUCCUUGGGCUACCUGUUUGGCUCUGAUGAGCAACCAAGUACCGCUUCUCCUCCACCACGGCCAGUUAACCCUCCUCCAUAUGGUAUUGAUAGUACUGCUCCUACUACUACUACCACAGAGAAGCCUCCUGAUAGUCGUUCUCCUACAGAGAAACAAAAAGUUUCAAACAACUAUCACCGUGCUCAAGGCCAAAAUUCAGGAAACUUCAUAACUGAUCGUCCAUCAACAAAAGUGAAAUCAGUUCCUGGAGGAGAUUCAUCUCUCGGUUACUUGUUUGGAGAUAAGUAAUAUAUAUCUUUUUCUCCAAAAACUCUAGCUCUAAUAUGGGAUGAUUUGGUGCAGCUGUUUUGUGGGUUUUGAUUGCUAUGUAAAAUAAGGGACUCAGUUCCCAUCAGUGUUGGAGUUGAGAAUUAAUAUGGUUUUUGAAUUUCUAAUAAUAUGUGUGUGGAUUGUCUAAUGAUGCAGAUAGGUCAGUCUGUACAUGAAAGUAGUGAGUUCAUGUCCUACUGUCUAUAAUAAGGAAAAAGUUCUUGUCAGUGUGUGGAUUUUCAGAUACUUCAAUUAUUAUAACACUCUGAUGAACUUUGUUGAUGGCCAUAUUUGGAAACAAUAAAGUGAACUUUCCAUUUUA